AUGUUUGGGAGGGUACCCAAGAAAAGUGAUAACACAAAGUGCCACGAAAUUCUGUGUUUCAGAAAUGCUUCACUGGAUGAUCUGAAAAGAGCCUAUAGAAAAGCAGCCAUCAAGAACCAUCCUGUGUCAAGGGUGGUUUUCCUGAAAAGUGUUCGUACAACAUUGGCUGUGUCAUUGGAUGAAAUUCCCCCAAAUGCACUUCGCCGGAAGUGUGACCGGAACUGGAGAGGAGGGUUCAGUCUAGGGGUAGAUCUGGGUAUGUCCCACACAGGCCUUGCGCUCAGCAAGGGCUUCUCUGUUCGACCGUUGACGGUUCUGGAGUUGAGAGGGCAAAAGCUUGAGCUUCGACUUAUUGACAUUGCUGAGAAGCAGGAGGUUGAUGAGUUCAUAGUAGGACUUCCUAAGUCUUCUGAUGGAAAAGAGACACCGCAGUCCAAUAAAGUUCGUUCUGUUGCUGGUAGGCUUGCUGUUCGAGCUGCAGAGAGGAGAAUUCUUAUGCUAAAGUGGGUUUGUGAUUACUUUUGGAGUUUCAUGUUUUCGUUCAUUCGGGAUUGUCAGGCUCAAAUGUAUAGAUAUGAUUGUGUACUUGCAGUUUUUCAACCUUGUUUGGUAUCUGAGUUCCAUUUAAAAUUUAGGGUUGUGAAUUAAGGACCUUUGGCUAUUUGUAUUCAUUUUCCGGAUAUGCAAUGGUACUUUGGGAAUUUGAAUUCAUUUGAGACAGAUGUUCUUGAAUACAUUGCUUUUCUGAUUUGUCAAUUCUGAAUUGAUUUGCUCAAAAUUCAGCUUGUAGAAAAGACAUAUAUAAUUCGAUUUUCUGAUGGGAUGUCAUGGACACCAAGAAUGGACUGUCUCAUAUGAAGGUUUUGGAAACAUUCGGGUGCAAAAAGGCAUAUGCUAUUGUAAACAUUAUGCUAAAACUUACACUAACAUAUAAAUGAUCAAGGAAGAACAGUAUCUAGAUCCAUGUCUCACGACAAGGGUUUGAGCUUAAGUGGUAUGACUUGCACCUCCCUAUGGUGUGGACAAGAAUUCAAGCCAGUACAGGCAUGGUGUGUGUUGUUGCCACCCCCAGACUAUUUAAUGUGGUGGGGAGAAAACUACAAUGGAAAAGGGGAUUUCUAUGUGUAACAAAGAUAAGAAUCAGCAAAAGUAAACUAGCAUUUUCUCUGAUGUCUGUCAAAUUUUAAUGCUUUGGGCUAUGUAAUAGAGUAGAACAUGAGGUUGUUCAUAUUGAUUUAAAGGUUGUAUUAUGAGUGGUUUAAUUCAAUAUAUGGCAGUUUGUACCGGUAUUUGUUAUCGGGGAAUGCCUGACCCAUUACUCAUGCAUUAUUGUAUACUUCUGGAUGGAUGAGAAGUCUGAAUCCUAGAGCCCGCUAAUGCAAAGUAUGUAUCACGUAACUAUCCAUAAGUUCUGAUAAAAAAAAAAACUGACCAUAAACCAUUUAAUUCAUGGAUUUGAUUCAUUUUGAUACAUUCUGUUGAAUGUGUAAAUGUUGGUUGGAGUGAAGAACCACAUACAUACUAUACUAUGAAAGUAUUAUUCAUAAAAUUGGUAAGACUUCCAUGGUUAGAAUUGAAAUUGUAAAUUGCUGCCAUCCUCAAUUUGUCUCUCAUCCUGAAAAAUAUAAUAUUGUAGGAUCCAGCCUGUUUUUGUCAAAUUUAAAACACUCUAAUUUGAGUUUCGAAGUCUAGUCUCAGCAUAGUUUCCAGUUGAUGUUUACAUCCUAUCUUCUUUGUACAAGUUAGAAUUCGAUGAAGUACAUUUGCAUAUGUGUAGUUGUGUACUAUAUACAUAUGAUCAAGUCAACAUGGGAUAUUUAGGGAUGAUGACAAUUGAUCAGCAUAAAGCUUGAAGCAUGAAAUAUUGUGAAAGAAAUGUUCAAAGUAAUUGAAAUCAUGGGACUGGUUGAUAUCAUCUGUAUAUUUUUGUCGUAUUGAAAAAUGAUAAGCAAACUUCUCAUUCAGAAAAAGAAAAAAUAGUCUGAAUUUUGCAUGUCGUUUCAGUUGUCCUGGUGGACGGGGAAGAAAGAAAUUCCUCAGAUUUGUGUGACUCACCUAUCGAUACAGGGAUCAAUCACACUUUGUGGAGUGUUGUAUAUUUAUAUUUUGGGAAAAGUUCUAGGAGGUAUAUAUCAUGCUUAAGUUCAUUCACUGAUUAUUUUUUUGCAAAAGAUUCCUCCUAUGGAAGCAUGAAAUGACAUCUGCUUGACAUUCAUAUUUGUUCUUCCUGUUAUUUUCUCUUGCAUCUAUUGCUAGCUAGACUCUUGGCUCAAUUUCUGUUAGAUUGACUACUUAAAUACAUUCCAAAAUAUAGGGGUUGGAGAAUGUACUUGCCGG